AUGCUUUAGGCACAAAGACUCUAUGAUUUCUUGAAUUAAAUAAAUCAAAAACUUUCUUAAAUGGCUUAUGAAAAAAAAUUAGAGUAAGAAAGAUUAGAGAAAGAGAGACUUGAAUAGGAGAGAAUUGAAAAACAAAGGUAGAAGGAGGAAGCAGAGAAUCUUAAAAAACAGGAGGAAGAAAAAAUUCAGCAGAAGCAAAAGAAAACUGAAGAAGAAGAAGAGAAAAGUAAUAAUAAAACAACUUAGACAGAAUCUUCAAUUGAAAAUAAUUACAAUUGUAGUUGUCCUCAAUAAAAUAAAACUAUUGCUAGCCAAUCAUAAUAAACAAACUAAGAGGCAGCUGCAUAUAUUUAGACUAACAAUUAAACUCAAAAAACAAGAGGUUUAAAUUUAGAUUCGUAAAAUCAAUCUUCAGUCGAUUAUUUGAAGUAGCAAUCAUAAACUCAAAAUUAAUCAUAAGUGCCUUCAUAGAAAACUUCAUAAAAUAUGUUUAACAAUUAAAAUCAAUAAAAAUAGAGUGCAGAGUCAAAUCCUUUUACUAAUUUAGCUCAAUAAAUGCAGAAUACAAAGACUGAUCUUUUUGGCAAUAACUUAGAAUCAUAUAAGAGCGUAAAUAUUUAGACUCAAUAAGAAUAACAGUAAAUUAAUUCAAGCUUAAAUUUAUUUGGUACCAAACUUCAACCAGGAUAACAAUAGAGCUCAACCACAACCACGAAUAUAUUUGGUACUAAAACUGACUCAACCACGAAUAUAUUUGGUACUAAAACUGACUCAACCAUGAAUAUGUUUGGCACUAAAACCGAAUCAAACAUAAAUAUUUUUGGGACUAAAACUGAAUAAGGAUAACAUCAACUAUAGAACUCAAGCAUAAAUAUAUUUGGUACUUAAACUAAUUAAGAAAAGCAAUCGAAUACAAAAAUAAAUAUAUUUGGUACUAAGACUGAAUAGGAAUAGAAUUCAAACAAUAAUAACUUUAUUGGUUAAUAUGAAUAAAAUAGUGUAAGCUAAAUUUUAUCAUUUGCUAGCUAGGAAAAUCUUAAGUAAAAUUUUGGCGAUAUGGCAAAAGCCAAUGGUAGCGAUACAAUAAAUAAUAGUAUUUCUUAGAAAAACAGUUCAGGAUAGAGGGAUUUUAUUAGAAAUCAUCUAGUUUCAUCUUUUGAAAACAAUGGCACUUUCCUAAAUAUGAAAGAUUUACAAGAUGAUUUUUGA